UCCUCCCUGGUCCUGGAUCCAGAGCUCACUGCCUCCCCCCUGGGCCCAGACGACCCCCCCCCACAACCAGGCACCAUGACCCAGGAGGGGCAGGGACCACACCAGACUGAACCCACUACACCCCCAGAAAUCCAGGGGGUGACCUCAGCUCACCCUUCAGAGGAGUCAGCCACAGACCAAGGGCUGGAGGGGCUAGGUCUGGAGGUGAAGGUGGAGGGGAUAGAGGGGACCAAUGAGGAGGAAGGGGAGGGAAGUGUUACGGUAGAAGGGGAAGUACACGGAGAAAGAGAAGGUGGGGAAAGUGGAAAGAGAGAGGGUGAUGAGGUAGGUGAGGGAGUGGAACAAGUGAUGCAGGGAGAAGGAGAGGUGCAUGAAGAGAGAGAGAGUAUGGCAGAGACAAGUGAUGAAGAAGAUGGGCUGGGGGAUGAGAGGAUAGAUUCAGAGGAUGGUCAGACAGAUGGAGAACUAGAGAGAGUGGAGGAGGUAGAGAAGGAGGGGGAUAACAUGAACACAGAGGCCACAGAUGAGGCAGAACCAGCCUGCAAGCCCAGCUGUGAGGAGGAGGAGGAAGGAGAGGAGGAGGAGGAGGAGUUAACACCACCACCUGAGAACCAGGAAGAGGACCAGGACUUACCAGACCCACCGCAGUCUCUGGACAUAAUCAGGCUGGAGAACGGGAUAGGACCUGAGAACGGAAUCGAAGGGCAUGAAGAGGAGGAUGAUGAAGAUGAGGUAGAAGGAUGCAGCUUAGUAGAGGUCAUCCAGGAACACCUGGACACGUUCAGCUCCACCUUCGAGUGUUCCGUAGAGCUAGCGGACACAGAGGUGGAGGAAGAGGAGGAGGAGGAGGAGGAGGAGGAGGGGGAUGGGGAUGGGAGAGGUAACCAGGACAGUUUCAGCUCUGUGUUUGAACGCAUCGUGGAGCAGGUUGUGGCCAUAGAGAGGGAGGAAGAGGAAGAUGAGGAAGAGGGGGAGGGCGAGAGGGAGAAGAACACGGUGGACAACAAGGACGGCUUCAGCUCGACGUUUGAGCGUAUCGUUGAGUCUGCGCUUCUCCGCGGGGGGACGUGCUACAGUAGUCUGGACUCUCUGGAUGUCCUGUCACUCACAGACGAGACAGACAGCUGCGUCAGCUUCGAGGCGCCACUCACCCCCCUUAUUCAGCAGAGGUCCUUCCUUCAGAGCCCUGAGCCACUGGAGCUAGAACUAGCCACCGUCAUGGAGCAGGAGGGGAGUGAGGCUGGAACCGAGGCCCAGCAAGGAGAGCCUGAGGCUGGGGAGAGUGCUGCAGGGCCUGGGCCUGGACCUGGAGGAAGCCCACUAAGGACCACCAUCACCGGGACGAGGUCAGAGUUUGUACUGAGCCAGCCUGGCCAGUGGGACAUCCCUAAUGGGUUUCAUACAGACACCCAGGGGGGAGUGGAGGGCUCUGGAGCCAUACCCAACUCAAUGAGUGAUGCCAACCUCCUCACGGACGUGCUGUCGGACUCAGAGUCGGAGCUGGGGGGCCUGGAGCAGCUGGAGAGAAGCAGCACGGAAACCCUGGCCAACGGUUGCCGUGCCGACUGCGACGCCGCCAAACGCCUGGCCAAGCGUCUGUUCUACCUGGAGGGCUUCAGACGCUGCGACGUGGCACGCCACCUGGGCAAGAAUAACGACUUCAGCCAGCUGGUGGCGUCAGAGUACCUCAGCUUCUUUGACUUCUCUGGCCUGUCAUUGGACAAGGCCCUGAGGAACUUCCUGAAAGCCUUUCCUCUGAUGGGUGAGACCCAGGAGAGAGAGAGAAUCCUGGUCCACUUCUCUAAGAGGUUCUGUGUCUGCAACCCCACAGCCCUCGCCCCCGAUGGCAAGGACAGAUCCAAACGGGAUGAUGAUGAUGAAGAAGAUGAUGACGGAGCCCAUACGUUAACCUGCGCCCUAAUGCUGCUCAACACUGAUCUACAUGGACACAACAUUGGGAAGAAGAUGUCUUGCCAGCAGUUCAUCAGUAAUCUGGAUGGCCUAAACGAUGGCAAGGACUUCCCUAAAGACCUGUUAAAGGUGCUGUAUAAUUCAAUAAAGAACGAGAAACUUGAAUGGGCAAUUGAGGAAGAGGAGUUCAGGAAGAGUCUAUCGGAGCUGGUGGAGGAGCAGUAUGAGGGAGGGGGGAAGAGGGGGGUUGCCAGGGUAACGGAUGGCAAUAACCCUUUCAUCGCCAUUCCCAUCCUACCCAACGCUGUCACCUAUAAACAUGGUGUCCUGUCUCGCAAGAGCCACGCAGACAUGGACGGCAAACGCACCCCACGAGGACGACGAGGCUGGAAGAAGUUCUAUGCGGUUCUAAAGGGGAUGAUCCUUUAUCUACAGAAGGAUGAGUAUAAGGCUGAUGCAGAGCUGUGUGAGGGGGACCUGAAGAACGCUGUGCGUAUCCACCAUGCAUUAGCCACCCGCGCUACAGACUACAGCAAGAGACCCAACGUCCUCAAACUAAAGACCUCUGACUGGAGAGUGUUCCUGCUGCAGGCACCGAGUGAAGAGGAGAUGAUGUCGUGGAUAUUCCGUAUUAACCUGGUAGCAGCUCUGUUCUCCGCCCCGGCCUUCCCUGCUGCCAUUGGCUCCAUGAAGACGUUCUGUAGACCUCUACUGCCCUCCUCCUCUACCCGGCUAAACCAGGAGGAUCAGCUGCAGUCCCACGAGGGGAAGCUGAAGCAGAUGAGUGUGGAGGUGGAGGAGCACAGGAAGAACCCUCCCUCGCCUUCUCCCAAGAGCAGAGAGUGGGAGGAGUAUCGAAUCAAAGAGCACUACCUCAUAUAUGAGAAGAGUCGGUACGAGACGUAUAUCAACCUGCUCCAGGCCAAGAUGAGGGCAGAGACAGACGACCUGGAGAAGAUAGAGGCUAGCGUGAUGAGCGGGAUUGGGGAGGGCCGAGGGGGGCGCGAGGGAUACCUCCGGAAGACCCAGUCCUCUCCUUCCAUCAGCCAGCACGAUGUCAAUGGCAGGGCCUCUGGACGCACUGGCCCGGGCCAGCAGAGUUGAGAGGAGAACCCCCUAAAAAAUAUAAUGCACCCCCCGUAACUCUGUCCUCUGAGCCAGAGGGCUCUCCCCUCUAAAUGCCGGAGAACUGGACCCCCAAAUCCUCCCUCCUUCCUAUUUCAUUGCACAGUAAAGCGGUAAUAAUUGUUCCAGCUAUACAGUAUUAAUGGUGUUAUUUAACCAACAGCUAAUUGUCUCUGGCAGUGCUUAUAAGAACACUUAUAAUGGAGAACAUGAAGAUGUGGAAAAAAGGACGAAAGAGGAGAGAGGACUUACCGGCAUAAAGGAAGUGUGGAGUGUAGUUUUUUGGUUUGAGGAGGUGGAUGGUGGAUUUCAGGGUGGAGGGGUACAGUAGCAUAGUAGUAGGGCGACAAGUAGCCUAGCAGUUAAGAGAUUUGGGCCAGUAACCAUCGCUGUUUUGAAUCCCGAGCAGGCUAAGUGAAAAAUCUGUUAAUGUGCCCUAGAGCAAGGCACUUAACCCACAAUUGCUCCUGUAAGUCGCUCUGCAUAACAGCAUCUGCUAAAUGACUAAAAUGUCAAAUGUACACUACUGUUCAAAAGUUUGGGGUCACUUAGAAAUGUCCUUGUUUUUGAAAGAGAAGCUAAUUUUUUGUCCAUUAAAAUAACAUCAAAUUCAUCAGAAAUACAGUGUAGGCAUUUUUAAUGUUGUAAAUGACUAUUGUAGCUGGAAACAGAUUUUUUUUAAUGGAAUAUCUACAUAGGUGUAUUCCAAUGGCACGUUGUGUUAGCUAAUCGCAGUGUAACAUUUUAAAAGGCAUUAGAAAACCCUUUUGCAAUUAUGUUAGCACAGUUGAAAACUGUUGUUCUGAUUAAAGAAGCAAUAAAACUGGCCGCCUUUAGACUAGUUGAGUAUCUGGAGCAUCAGCAUUUGUGGGUUCAAUUACAGGCUCAAAAUGACCAGAAACAAAGACCUUUCUUUGGAAACUCGUCAGUCUAUUCUUGUUCUGAGAAAUGAAGGAUAUUCCAUGCGAGAAAUUGCCAAGAAACUGAAGGUCUCGUACAACGCUGUGUACUACUCCCUUCACAGAACAGCACAAACUGGCUCUAACCAGUAGAAAGAGGAGUGGGAGGCCUCGGUGCACAACUCUCAACAUCAACAGUUAAGAGUUGCAAAGAAAAAGACAUAUCUCAGACUGGCCAAUAAAAAUACAAGAUUAAGAUGGGCAAAAGAACACAGACACUGGACAGAGGAAGAUUGGAAAAAAGUGUUAUGGACAGACGAAUCUAAGUUUGAGGUGUUCGGAUCACAAAGAAGAACAUUCGUGAGAUGCUUAAAAAUCGAAAAGAGGUGGAGGUAAUGUGAUGGUCUGGGGGUGCUUUGGUGGUGGUAAAGUGGGAUAUUUGUACAGGGGAAAAGCGAUCUUGAUGAAGGAAGACUUUCACUCCAUUUUGCAACGCCAUGCCAUACCCUGUGGGCGGCGCUUAAUUGGAGCCAAUUUCCUCCUACAACAGGACAAUGACCCAAAGAACAGCUCCAAACUAUGCAAUAAUUAUUUAGGGAAGAAGCAGUCAGCUGGUAUUCUGUCUAUAAUAGAGUGGCCGGCCAGCACGGUCAUUUGAUUUCAACCCUAUUGAGCUGUUGUAGGAGCAGCUUGACCGUAUGGUAUGUAAGAAGCGCCCAUCAAACCAAUCCAAUUUGUGAGAGGUGCUUCAGGAAGUAUGGGGUGAAAUCUCUUCAGAUUACCUCAACAAAUUGACAACUAGAAUGCCAAAGCUCUGCAAGGCUGUAAUUGCUGCAAAUAGAGGAUUCUUUGAUGAAAGCAAUGUUUGAUGGACACAAUUAUUUCAUUUAAAAAUCAUUGUUUAUAACCUUGUCAACGUCUUGACUAUAUUUCCUAUUCUUUUUGCAACUCAUUUCAUGUAUGUUUUCACGGAAAACAAUGACAUUUCUAAGUGACCCCAAACCUUUGAAGUAACUCACACCUUAUAGUGAGCCUUCAACAGGUUACUAUGGACCAUAGAGCAUGGAGACUCUCCUCAGUGUAUCUGAACAGGCCUAUGUAACACACCUACUGUAUGGAAGCCUUAUGAUGAUGAACAACACUUACCCAGACUCUCAGAACUGUUAAGAUGAUCAACUCCUUGCUGUGUAGACUAUUAUUGAUAAGUAUGUAUUUCUUCUUCCACUUGAACCUGAGCUUCAUAUAUGAUAUCAGACUGAAUGAAAGCACUGUGGCAUGUUUUAUAACCCUUGUUCUAUGUUACUGAGUGGAUACCUGUACUGCUGUUACUCUGAGUGGAUACCUGUACUGCUGUUACUCUGAGUGGAUACCUGUACUGCUGUUACUCUGAGUGGAUACCUGUACUGCUGUUACUGAGUGAAUACCUGUACUGCUGUUACUCUGAGUGGAUACCUGUACUGGUGUUACUCUGAGUGAAUACCUGUACUGCUGUUACUCUGAGUGGAUACCUGUACUGCUGUUACUGAGUGGAUACCUGUACUGCUGUUACUGAGUGAAUACCUGUACUGCUGUUACUCUGAGUGAAUACCUGUACUGCUGUUACUCUGAGUGGAUACCUGUACUGCUGUUACUCUGAGUGGAUACCUGUACUGCUGUUACUCUGAGUGAAUACCUGUACUGCUGUUACUCUGAGUGAAUACCUGUACUGCUGUUACUCUGAGUGGAUACCUGUACUGCUGUUACUCUGAGUGGAUACCUGUACUGCUGUUACUCUGAGUGAAUACCUGUACUGCUGUUACUCUGAGUGGAUACCUGUACUGCUGUUACUGAGUGGAUAACUGUACUGCUGUUACUCUGAGUGGAUACCUGUACUGCUGUUACUCUGAGUGGAUACUAGUACUGCUGUUACUGAGUGGAUAACUGUACUGCUGUUACUCUGAGUGGAUACCUGUACUGCUGUUACUCUGAGUGAAUACCUGUACUGCUGUUACUCUGAGUGGAUACCUGUACUGCUGUUACUGAGUGGAUAACUGUACUGCUGUUACUCUGAGUGGAUACCUGUACUGCUGUUACUCUGAGUGGAUACCUGUACUGCUGUUACUCUGAGUGGAUACCUGUACUGCUGUUACUGAGUGGAUAACUGUACUGCUGUUACUCUGAGUGGAUACCUGUACUGCUGUUACUGAGUGAAUACCUGUACUGCUGUUACUCUGAGUGGAUACCUGUACUGCUGUUACUCUGAGUGAAUACCUGUACUGCUGUUACUCUGAGUGAAUACCUGUACUGCUGUUACUCUGAGUGGAUACCUGUACUGCUGUUACUCUGAGUGAAUACCUGUACUGCUGUUACUCUGAGUGGAUACCUGUACUGCUGUUACUCUGAGUGAAUACCUGUACUGCUGUUACUCUGAGUGGAUACCUGUACUGCUGUUACUCUGAGUGGAUACCUGUACUGCUGUUACUCUGAGUGGAUACCUGUACUGCUGUUACUCUGAGUGGAUACCUGUACUGCUGUUACUCUGAGUGGAAGCUGGGAUGGAGGACAUUGACAGAGUAUGAGCAGUACUGUUGGUUUGUUGAAGAUUUUGAUAAAGUGCUUUGAGUGCG